UAUAAAUGGAAAACGCAAUUAUAUCAACACAAAAAAACUUUUCAUUUAAAUGUGACAUUUAUUUGUGAUUUCAAUGAAUGCCACAAAAGUUUUGCACAAAAAUCGCAAUUACUUCGACACAAAAGUUGUGUUCAUUUGAAAGAAAGGAAUUUCAAAUGUAAUGAAGAAAAUUGUGGCAAAAGAUUCAAUCGAGAAUCACAUCUCAUUCGACACAAAAGCAUACAUUCGGGAGAAAAACCAUUUGUUUGUCAUUUCAAUGAUUGUAACAAAACAUUCUCUGAAAAAUCUAACCUCAGAGUACAUAUGAAAAGACAUCUGAAUAUAAAACUUCAUAAAUGUAUUCAUAAUAACUGUAAUCAACGUGGACAUUUAUUCAAUCAUAAAAAUAGCGUUCAUCUAAAUGUGAGAUUUAUUUGUGAUUUCAAUGAAUGCCACAAAAGUUUUUCUGACAAAAGAAAUUUAUUUCGACACAAAAGUUGUGUUCAUUUGAAUGAAAGAAAAUUGAAAUGUAAUGAAGAAAAUUGUGGCAAAAGUUUUAAUCGAAAAGAUGAGUUAAAUCGACAUAAAAGCAUACAUUCGGGAGAAAAACCAUUUGUUUGUCAUUUCAAUGAUUGUAACAAAACAUUUUCUGAAAAAUCUAACCUUAAAGUACAUAUGAAAAGACAUCUGACGAUA